UAUGGAUCCAACCACGUCCCCUGGAUCUUGUGUUCUGCAGUGAGGGGCUACUGCACAUUUUGGGUCAAACUGCUUUCCACUGGACGCUUUCUUUAACUUAAGUGCGACAGAUUGGAUUCGUCUCGUGACUGAUUAUUCGAAAUAAAGACGGUCAUAUUUCUCUUUCUGACGGACAUGAGGUCUCUGUUGACACUCUCAGUGUUGUUGGCUGUCAUAGGGGGGAACAAGGGACAGGAACCAACAGUUACUCUCCGGCCGAAGUUCCCACAGGUGUAUGUUGGAGAUGACGUCACUCUGAUCUGUAACCGUAAAGGAGGGAGUAAACCAACAACAUGGUUUUUUAACGGAGCAUCACAAACACAUGAGGAUUAUUUAAUGCUCCUUACAGCAGUGACACCAAACAACAACGGGGUGUAUGAAUGUGAGCAGGAUGGAACGAAGAGUGAGCCGUACGCACUCACUGUCCUGAAUCUGGAGCCUCACGCUCAGCUCUCUCCAUCUGUAGGAGGUGCUGUGAUGACCAUAGGAGAUGGAAGAAACCUGAUGCUGCAGGUGGACGAUGAUCUGAAGGACUGGUCUUGUUUUGUGUUGAUGGGAGUGAGCACCUACAGGCUAGCACUUGAUGUUGAUGAGAAGAUGAAAAGAGCUGUUAUAUUUGCCGAAUUAAAGGAGGCAAAAAGAGCCACUUUCUGGUGCAAGAAAAAGAAAGUAGAUCUUCGAAGCAAUGCAGUGACGCUGAAAAAGACAGAGCGCAUGGUGAUGUUGGUUCCUCCGGUCAUUCCUGCGCUGCAGGGGGAGUCUGUGGCUCUCAGGUGUGUAGUCUGGGGUGGACCAGAGCUGGAAAAGGCCGUCUUCUAUAAGGAUAAAACACCAAUACAGAGCUCAGCUGAAGACACAUACACCAUCACCAAUGCCACGCAAAGUGAUAACGGCAACUACAGCUGCCACGCCACCUACAGGUUCAGCCACAUCAGUUUUGUAGGUGCACAGAAGGAAGAAGAUUCUGAUGCUCAGGAGUUAAAAGUUAUAGAUGGGCCUCCUGCUGCAGUGAUUUCAGCGUCUACUAACGGUCUGCAGUGUUCCUGCCCUCACUGUCCUGCCAACUGCACAUCCUACCACUGGUAUCACACACUCUUUAAUGACACACACACACGCAGAAAACUACCUGAAAACGACGCGUUUAUUAUCAUAGAGGACGAAGGACUGUACAAAUGCCGGAUGGACUGUGGGAAAGGUUUCUCCCGUUUCAGCAACGUCUACAGCUACAAAGCACAACCAGUGGAGGUCUGAGGCCUGUGGUUUGGGAUCAUUGUGCUGAAGUACAGAAGAUGAUGAGUGUACGCUAUGUACGCUAAACAGGCAAGCACAGAGAAAGAAUGAGGGCUCCUUGAAGAAAAAGAACCACAUUAAUGUUAACUAAUAUUCAAAUUGCUAUUUAGUCAUUUAAAGUAACAGAGCUUUUCUAUAACCUUGCCAGUAGUUAACAGUAGUUUAAUGCCAGUUAUUAUUAAUGCAAUAGAGGUUACAGCAUAAUGAUCAGUGUGAAAAAGAUUGGUAUAUGUGAAAAUGCUUUAAAGUAAUAGUAAUGAAAAUGUACUCACCCUCCGGCCAUCCCAGAUAUACUGUAGAUGAGGUUGUUUCUUUAUUUAUUUCUUCAAAUUUGAGAAAUGAAUCAUUCCAUCAUUGCUCACUAAUGGAUCCUCUGCAGUGAAUGAGAGUCCAAACAGCUGAUAAAAACAUCACAAAAAUCCACACCACCCCAGUCCAUCAGUUAAUGUCUUGUGAAACAAAUCCAUCAAGAUGUUUUUAACUUCAAACUAUUGUUUCCAGCUAAAAUAUGAGUCCAUAACACUUCCUCCAAUGAAAAAGUUCAUCUCCCGUUGUCGCUCACAUCAAAAUCCAGCCACGUAUUUGUUUAGAAUGGUUUAGGCUUGUAAACGGUGCUUGAUCUGUGCAGAUUUCUCUCCUGAUUCAGACAAGAUUACUUUUACGCUGGAGAAAGAAGUAUUAUGGAUUGAGGACUCCUAUUUUAACCAGAAGCAACAGUUUGACAGUAAAAUGAUUUCAUUGUUUCAUCAUGUUUAUUUUUGGAUCUUAAUUCUACUAGUGUUUUAUGCGAUGCUGUUUUGUGUUGUUUUUAUAAAGCACUUUUAAGAACCCCUCUUGACUAUAACAAGUAAUGCAUUUUCAGAUUUCAGUGCAUUUUUAGUGUAAUUGUGGAUGUGUGUCAUAUAACUGAAUGCAAUGUGCCAUAUUAAACUUUUUACUGCAAUGCA